AUGGCCACCUACGGAAAAGUAAGUCCGUUUGAUGAAGCAGAAGAAACGUGGACCCAAUACACCGAACGGCUGGAACAAUAUUUCCUAGCAAAUGAAGUGACAGACGCCAAAACGCAGCGGGCAAUAUUUCUCAGCGUGUGUGGCUCGAAAACAUACGCAUUAAUUCGAGAUUUACUACAGCCAAAGAAACCGGGUGAUACGGAGAUAAAAGAAAUUUUCAAAGAGCUGGAAAAGCAUUUUAUUCCAACACCAAGCGUCAUUGUAGAGAGAUUUAAAUUCCAUAACAGAAUUCGCCGUGUUGACGAAGGAAUUGCUAAGUAUGUGGCUGAAUUACGUCGAAUGACCGAGCAUUGCAAAUUUGGCACUUCCUUGGAUGAUAUGAUACGGGAUCGAUUAGUAUGUGGUAUCAACAACGAAAAGAUUCAAAGACGACUCUUAGCAGAACCUGAACUAACAUACAAGAAAGCAGUUGAACUUUCGUUAGCUAUGGAAUCGGCAUCAAAACACGUCGAAGAUUUGGGCGCCAAAGGAGUUUCUAUCGAAGACCCAAAUAAUAUACAUCGUGUAAACAACCGUGAGGACAACCAGCAAUCAAGUCGCUCCGAAUGUUAUCGUUGUGGGGGGAAACACGCAGCAAAUUCGUGUAAAUUUCGCGAGUUAAAAUGUUUUAACUGCGAUAAAAUCGGCCACAUUGCAAAGGUUUGUCGUAGCACAAGGCGAGGAACAAAGCAAGCAGAGUUGCCACAGCGACGCGAAACCGGAAGUCGAGGGAAACGUGAACAGGAUACGGAAGUAAAAAUGGUUAAUGCACAGGGUGCCCAAGAGGAAGAAUAUUCGCUGUACAAUAUUCGAGAGAAAAAAAAAGACAAAUCGAUUUCAAUUGAUGUAGAACUGGGAGGCCAGCCAAUCAGAAUGGAAUUAGACACUGGAGCUACUAAGACAAUCAUAAGUGAAGAAACAUACAACAAACUAUGUAAGAAUUUGACACCACUCCGCAAGACAACAGUUGUUCUUAGCACCUACACCGGAGAGAGAAUUCCAGUAGCGGGCGAAGUAAUGGUUCCAGUACGGUAUGGAAACCAAUAGCACAACCUACUCGCACUUGUGGUCAAAGGUCAAGGUCCAAACCUGGCCGAGAUUGGUUGCGUGUAAUCAAAAUGAACUGGGCCUUAAUAUUCCAAAUAAAUGAAUGUCAUCCUUGCAGUGAAUUGAAGGAAGUUCUUGAAACCCACAAAGAGGUUUUUACCGAAGAAUUAGGUACUUUGGAAGGAACAACAGCAAACAUCUAUGCAAAUCAAGAUGCACAACCCAAAUUUGUGAAGGCUCGGCCAGUUCCUUUUGCCAUGAAAAUUCCACUGAAACAAGAAUUAGAGAGACUACAGCGAGAGGGAAUCAUAUCUCCAGUUGAAUUUUCAGAUUGGGCUUCGCCAAUAGUGACAGUAGCCAAACCAGCCACCAACAGUAGCCAAACCAACCACCGUGUAUGUGGUGAUUACAAAGCAACAAUUAACCAAGCUUCGAAACUAGACAACUACCCAAUACCGAAGACGGAAGAUCUGCUUACAACCCUCAGUGGAAGCCAAAAAUUCACUAAGUUGGAUAUGUCACAAGCCUACCAACAGUUGAGGCUAGACGAGGAGUCCAAGAAGUACACCACAAUUAACACUCAUAAGGGACUUUACCAAUAUAAUCGCUUACUUUUUGGCAUAUCCUCGGCCCCAGGUAUAUUCCAGCGGACACCAGAGAACUUACUUCAAGGUAUUCCAAGUGUCAUUGUGCGAGUUGAUGAUAUUCUUGUAGGCGGUAAAGACGAUGCAGAUCACCUAUCCAAUUUGAAUGCAGUGUUGACGCGACUGUCUGGAGCGGGCCUAAGAUUGAAGAAGAUCAAAUGUUGUUUCAUGGCAUCAGACGUGACAUAUUGUGGCUAUGGGAUAAACAAGAACGGAAUCCAUCCUGUGGUCGAAAAAGUCGAAGCCAUCACGAAAGCACCAGAGCCAGAGAACAUUAACCAAUUACGAUCAUUUCUUGGAAUGCUAAACUACUAUCACAGAUUCUUACCAAAUGUGGCAACGAUCCUAGAGCCACUACACAGACUACUACGACAGGGAACCAAGUGGGAGUGGGGAGAAGAGCAAAAGGCUGCAUUUGACUAUGCAAAAGAGCUCCUACAAUCAGCUGACUUACUCAUCCAUUUUGAUCCGACCAAGCCGUUAAUCUUAGCGACAGAUGCAUCGAAUUACGGAGUUGGGGCCGUUUUGUUACAUGUAUUUCCUGAUGGGACAGAAAAACCGAUAGCGUAUGCCUCAAGGUCUUUAAACGCAGCUGAGAGAAAUUAUUUGACAAUCGAAAAGGAAGCAUUGGCCACGAUUUUCGGCGUUAAGAAGUUUCACAAAUUUCUUUACGGACAGUCUUUUACCAUCAAAACAGACCAUAAGCCAUUAGAAGGGUUACUCAGCGACAAAAAAGGAGUCCCCACUCAGGCAGCACCACGAAUUCAACGAUGGGCCCUCACACUAGCAGCAUACGAGUACAAGAUACAAUAUAAAGCCGGGAAAAACAAUGGGAACGCAGAUGCAUUGAGUAGACUACCCCUACCAAAGAUGCCACUGUCAACGCCACAGCCAGGUGAAACAAUCCUCCUGAUGGAACAUUUGGAGGAAACACCAGUCAACAGCAAUCAGAUAAGAAAGUGGACCAAACGAGAUCCAGUUAUGUCAAAAGUCCUUCGUUUCACAAUGCAAAGUUGGCCAGAGUCCUAUGGUUCCACAACAUUUAAAUCUUACCACAACAAAAAGUUGGAGUUAAGUGUGGAGGAUGGCUGUUUACUCUGGGGUACGAGAGUUAUCAUUCCACCCCCAGGACGAUCAAAUAUCUUAACGGAGCUGCAUGAAGCACAUCCAGGGGUUUCCCGCAUGAAAGCCCUCGCAAGAAGCUAUGUGUGGUGGCCUACUCUUGAUGAAGAUAUUGAGAGGGAAGUGAAGAGUUGCAAUCAGUGUCAAUUGCAUCAUACAACUCCAGCUGCUGCACCACUCCAUCCAUGGGAGUGGCCAGGACAUCCCUGGACACAGCUUCAUAUUGAUUAUGCAGGACCAUUCAAAGGUGAAAUGUUUCUGGUAGUGGUUGAUGCAUAUUCUAAGUGGCUAGAAGUUCACCAGAUGACAUCCACUACGUCUACAGCAACCAUUGAGAAACUACGCGAGAUUUUUGCCACACAUGGGCUACCGACAACAGUUGUCAGUGACAAUGGAACAAAUUUCACGAGCAAUGAAUUUGAAGAAUUUAUGAAGCGAAAUGGUAUUAAACACAUCAAAGUUUCACCAUACCACCCAGCAUCAAAUGGGCAAGCAGAGCAUGCAGUGAGAAUUUUUAAAGAGGGCAUUGAGAAGAUGAAGGAAGGAAGUAUGAGAACAAAAUUAUCGCGAUUCCUUCUGAAAUACCGUAUUACACCCCAUACGACAACAGGUGUGCCGCCAGCGGAGCUGUUGAUGGGCAGACACCUGCGUACUCAGUUGGAUCUGAUACAGCCGAACCUUGGAGAUCGGGUGAGGGAAAAACAAUCACAGCAAAAGGCAGUACAUGACUAUCAUGCUAGAGAACGGAUUAUCAAAACCGGGAACCUAGUAUAUGCGAAAGAUUUCAGGAAACCUAAAAGUUGGAUGCCCGGGACGGUAGUGAAGAAGACAGGACCAGUGUCGGCAGAAAUACAGCUUGAUGAUGGUCUAAUUAUCCGGCGUCACCAAGAUCAUCUCCGCAUUCGCACUGAUGUUCCUCAAACAACUAUAGCGAGUGGAUUGGAAGACAUUCAACUACCAACCAGAGAGGUGAAUCCUGCAGAACCACGGGAAGAACCCGAACUUGAAGCGAGAGCAGAAUAAAGAAGACAACCUCAUAGAGACCGUCGUCUUCCUCAACAUUUGCAGGACUAUGAACUAGCAAACAGCUAAGUUGAACUUGCUAUAAACCAUUAUUUAAUAUGACAUUUAGUUAAAGUUGACAUUCUAUUUUUGUUAGAUACAGAGUAGUUCAGAUUAUUGGACACUGGAAAGGGAGGAGUGUAGUAUCCCAGAAUCCUUUGGGGGUUCGGGCCAUUGUGUACUGAGAGACAGAACUGGGUGUUUAUAACAAAUACAAUCAAAGGAAACUAGAAUCAAUCCAAGCACCACUGAUAAUUCUCAAAGCAAAAGAUCAAUACCCAAAAAAGGUUAGGAAACAAGAUAUUGAUAGAGUCUUAGCUAGAGAGGACGAUCAGAAACUGGUGGACUUGAUUUUGAAAUUCAGGUUAAAGAAGGUGCUAGAGUAAUGCUCACUACAAAUAUCAAUAUCCAAGAUCGACUAAUUAAUGGCCAAAUGGGAACCGUGGCGAAAAUUGAUCUCAACAUUAAUAAAGAUCCAACCGUUCUAUAUAUUAAAUUUGAUGAUGAAAAAGCUGGGAAAGCAAUGAUAGAUACUACUCCUAACUCUUUUGCUAAAGAACAUCGUGUUGUACCUAUUGACCCUGUUCUUACAAAAAUCAAAGUUAGACCAGGCAAAGCAUCUUCUCCUGAAAUUCAGAGAAUACAAUUUCCAAUUGCACUUUCAUGGGCAUGUACUGUUCAUAAAGUUCAGGGACUUACUCUUGACAAUAUUGUGGUUAGCUUAGAGUUAAGAAAGCAAAGAUCCUUCAACUAUGGGCAGAUUUAUGUAGCAUUAAGCCGUGCAACAUCUUUGCAAGGUUUACAUACACUUGGAGAACUACAAAGUAAGCAUAUAAAGGCAAAUCCCAAAGUUGCACAAGAAUAUGAAAGACUCCGAAAUUCCAAUUUCUGCUCCGGACCUUCAACAGAAAUAGAAUCUUGCAACAACUCAGUUCUAACUAUAUCUCUUCUGAAUAUUAGAUCUCUCAGGAAGCAUAGCAAAGAUGUCAGGCUUCAUUCCAAGUUGUUUAACUCUGAUGUUCUUGCAUUUACUGAGACACAGCUUCUAGCUAAUGACUCGGAUAUCGAAAUUACAAACAAUUUAAAACCUUUUAGAAUUUAUCGUCAAGAUCAUAAUACUGACAAAUAUUCAAGUAUGGCAAUCUGCAUUAAAGACACUUUCACAUUGGAACACUAUGAGUAUAUCCCAUCACUUAAUGGACUAAAGUUCAUUCUUAUGGACACUAAACUACAAAAAUCUCGUUCUCUUCUUUUACUAUAUAGAAAAAACAACUCUAAUGUCACACAAUAUUUAGAAACAUUGGAAUAUAUCCUCAGUAGUUGCAGUAUUGACAUAGUCUUUGGCGAUUUCAAUAUUAAUUAUUUUAAUGACACUAGUCUCAUUAAUGGAGUCUCUUCACUAUAUACAAAUUGUUACCCAGCCAACAUAGAAAGUGUUUAUUAUUCUCCAUAGAAAGUGUUUAUUAUUCUGAUCAUGAUGCUGUUGUCACCACACUACAGUACAUUAAUUAACUUUAACCAAUAUUCACUCUCAUUACAUCUUAAUAUUAUACUAAUAUUGAAGUGCUACAUUACUAUAGUGCAUAAUAUCAAAUGUGUAUUUAAGAAUUCCAACUUCUCUCUCUCCCACAGUCAUGUGGGAGAGAAGCUGCAUAUAUAUCUCCCAAAUCAGUCCGAACGCACUUAUGUUCAUAACCAAUUGGUUUCUCAAAUACAAUGAACAACGUUUUUAGAGAACUGACACCACCAAACCACAUUUUUGGUAUCACCAACCGCGAGGCCAGUGUGAACGCCUGAGCAGGCGUCUUGUUUAAUCUAUUUCUAGCCAAUUACAUUUGGUCUUUAUGUCUCAUUUCGAAACUGGUUCUUCAAGAAUGGGACUAGCCCACACACACGGUUGUAACCAACAAACUUUAAUCUUUGAAAAUCCUCUGUAUUAUCACAAAAGGUUCUUAGUAGGAAAAGGAAUACUUGCGUUAGUGAUUUACAAGUUAACAUCUCUGUCAUACUUACCACAAUAGUACUGACAAUGGUACUGACAAAAUUUGGUACUGACAAAAUCUGUAAUGCGAUUUACAUAUUUUGUUUACACUUUGUUAUGAUUAAAUCGAUCCAAUUGGUUUAUUUUUGUCGCAUGAUGCUUUCAUACUCUUAGUAUAAAAGCCCAUGCAUUUUUAGUGUGAAGUUUCACAGUAUUGUGAUGAGUGGGGGGAAAAUUCAAACAAAUCAGUCAGUCAGUCAUUCAUUCAGUCAUACAGUAAACUUUCCGGGGGGUGUAUAUACGAUUUAUGUUCGUAGUGAUUUAUCAUACUUAGUCAGUGCUUUGAAGGUUAUUUAGGCAAUUUCAGUUGUUGUAUUUAAAUAUUCUUUUAUCGUUUUGCCAAGUUCACAAAAAUUUCGAGACGUGAAUAUUGAGUAAAUCUUUGAGAAUCUACGCAAUAUAUAAAUUGAUGUUAUGCAUUACGGACAUUCAAUUUAGUGCCAAUAUUAUUUAGAUGGUAUAUUCAUUAUACAGAGCUAGGAAGGAGCUAGACAGGACUUUUUUCAAGUGUAUAAACACUUCAGACGUAAAUAUUGAGUCGAAAAUCUUUGAGAUUCUAGCCUCUAGGCAUGCCAAUAUUAUUUUCACGGUAUACUUAUAAUACAGAGGUAGCAUGUAGGAAGGAGCGAGACAGUGUUGUUUUCAAAUAUAUAAACAUUUCAGACAUGAAUAUUGAGAAAAUCUUUGCCGAUUCUACGCAAUAUAUAAUUGAUGUUAUGCAUUACCAGCAUUGAAUUAAGUGCCUAUCGAUAUUACUUAGACUGUAUGCAAGUAUCCAUUAUACAUCGAUUGUAUUAGGUGCUACACAGAAUAGAUGGCUACACUCAAAACAAAGGGCGAAAAAUUGCAUCAGAUCAAUAAAGCAUAAACAACUAUUAAACAGAAGCGGGUGUUUGUACGGGUGUUUGUACGAAGAAAAUAACUUGCGAGAGUCAGAGCUCUUUAUUUAAACAAGAAAGAUGAUGAGAUAGCCAACAUGUUAUCGCCAAUUGCUUGGCUCGCCAACAAGCUUUAUGCCGUUACGCAACAGAAGAAAAAAGCAAGGAGGUUGCCAACGCGUACCAUAACAGACCUUGUUGGCUUGUUUACUGUCUAGCACAACGGUGCAAACUCGUGUUCAAUUCAGUGCAACGAUAACUCUACCAGAUCUUUAUAGGAGAAUAGAUUUGUACACAGAGCUGUAUCAAACGAGUGUAUCAAAACUGCUAUAACUGUGAAACUAUUGAAAUCUAAAGUGACAUUAUUGAAUAUAUGCGAAAAGCUGAAAAUGACACAACGUGACACUGGGAAUAUAAAGUCAAAGGUCAAUGAGACUUGUUGUUGUGAAACAUGUCACAAUUAGGUUAAAAUGCGGAAGCGAUGGAGGGGAUCAACGGAACGGAUAUGGAUUUUAUUUCAGGUAGUAAUAUAACAACCACUCAGCACAGCAAUUUCACAUUGGUACUCCCACACUGGUACAGACAGUUUUAGUAUACUGACAAAAAUAGUGCUGCUGAAUGUUUAGAUGUUAAUGGAAAUCAAGUGGCUUUAAAUAACAAUGAAGGUCUCAGAGAUAACCUAUGCGUUUCGAAUAACGGUAGACUGAAAUGAUUUGGUUCAUUCGAAGAGCUAAAGAACAUUGUCAGUGAUUCAAUAAUGUUGACAGGAAAGUGGUCAGGUCCAGGCGGGGAUUGCAAAUUAUUCGAAGCAGAAAUGGCCAUGCAAACAUCCACCAUGACUCAAUAGUAGACCUUGCAUCCCCAGACAGUAGCAGGUAUGACAAAAAUUGGAAGACAUGGCGACAAGAUGAACAACAAAAUAAAAAGAUCAAUAACAUAUCACAAGACGAAAGACAGGAAAUGAGAUUCAACAACAACAGAGAAUUAUGACAACAACAAGAUAGGGAAUCGGUUAAUGCCGGGCCACCAGAUGGCGGAAGGCAAGAUCCUAGGUCCAGCCAUGUCAAAACCAUGGUAUUAAUUUGCGACUCGAUGAUAAAACAAAUUGAUUGUAAAAGAUUACAAUGGGCGGGUAAUGGCGGCACUCAUUUAAAAAAUAUUUCUCAGCAGCUUUCUAAUUAUUUGGAAAUAAAUGGAGUAAUAGUAAACUAGCAAUUUGGUUUCAGAAAGAAACACUUUGCACAAACAGCUCUCCUAAAUGUUACAAACAAAUGGUAUUUGAAUAUGGAUUAAGGCUAUUUGAAUGGGGUUAUAUAUACUUAAAGAAAGCAUUUGAUUGCAUAAAUCAUAGCAUUGUGGUAUCAAUGGAGUGGCCUAUAGCUGGUUUAAAUCGUAUUUAACAAAUCAAACUCAAAUGUGUACGAUCGGACAAACUAAGUCGCAAUAACACACCAUACGUUGUGGAGUACCCCAAGGAUCUAAUUUGGGACCACUACUGUUUCUCAUAUAUAUAAACAAUCUACCAAACUGUUUAUUGCAUACAUCUGCGAAUAUGUUCACAGAUGAUACUAAUAUAACAACAAAAGGUUUCAAUGUAGAGGACAUUCAAACAUGUUUAAACGAUGAUCUGGAACAUAUUCGUCAAUGGUUAUUAGCAAAUAAAUUGACUUUACAUAAAGAUAAAACAGAAUACAUGAUAAUUGGUUCAUGACAGAGACUAUCAAAGAUUGAAACUGACCCUGUAAUUGAAUUAGGUGAAACAAAAAUUAAGCACGUUAAGUAUUCGAAAACAUUAGGCAUCAUUAUAGAUGAUCAACUUUUGUGGAAAAACAAGUGGAAACCACUGUAUCCAAGGUGUCCAGAGGUAUAGGUAUGCUGAGACGAAUAAAGAGUUGUGCCCCCAAAGUUGUUUUGUUAAAUGUUUAUAAUGCGAUAAUACUGCCAUAUUUUAAUUACUGCAUGUAGCCUUGUUUGGACUAACUGCAGCAAAUAUCUGUGCAACAAAAUGCAAAACAGGGCUGCAAGAGUCAUCACAGGCAGACCAUGUGAAAUAUCAACAAAAGGAAUUAACUUGGCAACCUUUAGCUGAUCGAUGGGAGAAAAAUAAGCUAGUUUUUAUGUAUAAAGUGAAAAAUAGUGAGCUACCAGAAAGUAUGAACCAAUUGUUCGAAAUCACUAAUAAUCAAAACUACAAUUUGUGCAGCAAGGAUAAUGAUUUUCUUUUACAAAAACCAAAAACAAAUUACAUGAAAAAAGUAUAAGUUAUAAUGGAGCAAUAGCGUGGAACAAUUUGUCAAAUAAUGCAAAAGCGACAAAUAUGUCAAUUUGCCAAUUUAAGGCUGCUCUUGACUGCAAGUAGUAAUAUGUGAUUCUCUUCUGUAAAUAUUUUUCUAUAUUUGAUAAAUUUCCUGCAUGUUAAUUAAGUUACUUUGUUAUUAUUCUGUAAAUAUCUGUUUGACAACAUUUCCUGCAUGGCCUUUACGGCCCAUUUCCACUCAAGAAAAUUUUCCUUGGACAGCAAAUUUUUCCUGAUGGCACAUGUGUCGUUUCGCAAUAACAGUUCUGCCUGGUUUCGCUCAACUUUUGUGAUGGAAAAAUGGAAAGAAAAUCACAAGUAGAACUAUCUGCACAUGACGUGAAACGUUGAAAAGAGUGAUAAUCCUAUGUUAAACGGAACAGAUAACCUGCCUAUUUUCCACUCAGGUACAUUAAUGCCUGGGUCUCAGUUUGUGUAUUUAGCAAAAAUAGACGAAAAAUCAUAAAAAAAUAAGAUGGCCUUGAUUAUUACCAUUCAAGUUUUAUAUGAUUUAUCAAAGGAGAUUCUAAAAGUUGACCUACUUUUCGUUGUCAUGGCAAUGAUCACGUGAUGUAUAUUUCGAUAAAACAACACAAAAAAUGAUACGCUUUUAUUCAGAGGCUCUGCAGCAGUAUAUUUCGUGACUGAGAGGAUGCAGAAUUGCGAUAAUCAUUCACACAUAAUAUCACUGUUUGUUGAAUGAAUCUGGAAAGUUUACAUUUAGGCUUCGUUUCAUUUUAUGUGGCUAUAUUACGAUGAUCGGCAUCAAACGAAUCUUAAUCGCUUCAUUAAAUGUUAUCUACAAAUAAAUGUACGUUUUCCAAAUUAACACAGGAAACUUUGUUCCCUUGUUAAUGUUUUUAGCUAAUAAAAAUAGCAAAAUUUCAUCAAAUUACCCUGCUGCAAGUCAAACGCGUUUUUCGUGUGAUGAAUUUCACGCGCCAUAAUGAAACAGUCUGCCGCUUAUUGUAAGGGCUAUUAUAUUUCAAAUAACAACAUUCAUUGCAUAUUCAAGCCGAUAUCUUGAAGCAUAGUUGAUGCUUGAAGGGAAGUAUGCCAUGGUGGAAAAGACCGAGUGAACUAUAUGUGCUAUAAUUAAUUUGUAAUUCACAAGCAAUUUUCAUUGAAAAUAAGAAACAAUCAACAAUUAAUGCUGAAUAAUCACAAGAUAGUGCACUAUAAGAAGCUUUUUAUUUAUCAGCAGCCCAAAGGUCACCUGUCGCAAAUGAUACAAUACUUAUUGCUAUACAAAGAGCCAAUUAUUACAUAAAAACUGAAUAGUAUACCGACUUUGCAUUGUAUAUUCCAAAAUAAUCCUGUCGCUCAUAUAUACUAUGUCGCUCAUAUAUACUAUAUAUAUAUAUACUAUAUUUGAAGCGAAAUGCCCGAAUUCACUAAAAUACUCACACAAAGGGCACAUAUUCCAACAGACGUAUUACUGACAGAUUGUGUGUGCAACACACACGCAAGAUAUCAUCCAAGCGUGGGCAGACCCAGGCAUUAACAUGCCUGAGCAGCACCAAGUAGAACCUGUAGCUCAUAUCUCAAGUAGAACCUGUAGCUCAAGGAUUCGUGCCUGACCCUGCUGAAGUAUAUUUGUCUUUGUUGCAAACUACCGGUGCUGUUCAAAACACACUUCGGCAUAGUCAAAUGACAGCAACUGCUGGAAGUGCAACCCAAGUUCGUCCUUCAUCUCCAGCAGUAUUUGGCAAUCUGAACAAUCGGAUAGAACCUAUCAAUGUGGAGAUAUACGAGAAUGACGCUUCUUUUCUCGCCGAGUCUGCUGAUGAUGUAUAUCAUCAAGGUGUACGAUUGUCUCCACUUGAUAUAAAGAGCAAAACAACAAACUAUGACUCAGCAAGCGCCUUGACAACGAGAAGUGGUGAAUCGUUUAAGUUACAAUGCGUGUAUUGCAAGGGAGAGCACUAUUCUGCUUCUUGUGAAACUAUAAAGAAUGUUCGAGAACGAAAAGAUAUUCUACGUCAAAGCGGUAGAUGUUUCAAUUGCAUUCGAAAGGGACACCAAUUGAAAGAUUGUCCAGUUAGCAAGCACUGUCGCGACUGUAACAAAAGGGCAUCAUCAGUCAAUUUGUUUUUCCAUCCGUGAAAGUAGCAAAGAAGACAAACCGGGGGGUGAGGAUAGUAGUAAUGAUAGAAUGAAGACAAAAAAAAGAGGGGGUGUGUGAACCUAUUUGAUUUAACUGGAGCUUUGAAUGGAAAGUGAAAGUAUCGCGGGCGUCAAUGAUCGUAUCCGCUGACUGUACGGACGGGGGGGGAUAAUUUAAAGGGGGCGUUCCCAAUUUUGGACCGACGCUUACCGUCUGCGGCGAGUGUUUGAUUGACAGUUGUGUGUGACGCGUGGUUGCGCGCAUGCGUGGCAGAGCUCCGAACCCAAAGCCCUGGUCGACCGAAGUGGCGUUCGUUCGAAUUUGCCGCCGUUUUUCAAAGUGCGUAA